AUGAAGACUCCCAAAACUUUUGAGGAGCAAACAGAAUGCAUUGUGGACUUUCUACUCAGAGAUUUAUUAGGCCUACCUUUGCUGGUGGCUCCCCGGGACCUACAUGAUGAAGGAGGCGAACUCGAAACAGAUUCAGGAGAGGGCAGCUCCUUUGACGUGGCCAUCAUUGCCGGUCGCCUUCGGAUGUUGGGGGACAAGUUCAACGAGGAGCUGGAAGCGCCAGCCAGAAGUGUCAUCGCAGAAUCCGUUCGGGGACAGUUAGGAGCUGUCCUUCCGAACACGGUGAAAUCUCUCAGCAAGGCCUGGUGUGCUCAGAAUGCCAGCUUAGCUUAUGAGACAGCCUUUGUGGCGGUAUCAUUUAAGCUGCUUGAACGCGUGGUCCAGCUAGCUCCAGAAAGGGCAAGACAGGUGGCAGCCUCCAUCACCGAUAUGAUCAAUGGGAAUAGCGCUGUCCAGGAGUUCAUCCGGGGCCAGGGAGGUUGGGAAAAUCUGGAGAGCUGA